AUGUUAUGUGCCAUCUCAGGCGAGCCCGUCGUCGAAGCGGUUGUGUCGCCGAAAUCAGGCUCUGUUUUUGAAAAGAAGCAUAUCAUCAACUACCUCUCGACAACUCCCACCGAUCCUAUCAACAAUGAGCCAUUGACAGUGGAAGAGCUUGUGGCCAUCAAAUCCACCACACCAUCAUUCGUGCCGCCUGUGACUGCCACAUCCAUCCCGUCACUCUUGGCUACGUUUCAGAACGAAUGGGAUGCAUUGGCUCUCGAAGUGUUCACGUUAAGAAAACAGCUCCAUAAAGCAAGAGAAGAAUUACUGUCUGCGCUUUACCACCAGGACGCAGCCGUCAGGGUGGCUGCCAACGCCAUACGUGAGCGUGACGAGGCCAGAGAGGCUCUCCAGCAGUUGGCUUCCAGUAUUGGAGAGGGCAAUUUCGAGAACGACUCCGUCAAUGGCCUGUCUGGCACCAUUCCGGUCGAAGAAAUCAACCAGGCCCGUGAAGAGUUGUACCAGCUCCACAGGUCUAUCAAGCCUGCCUACACCGUCAAAGCAGAUGCGGAAUUGAGCAUUUCUGUCAAGAAAGUGGUCGGAAAGCCUUUUGAAACGGCCACUGCAACAUUUUUCGAUUCCUCUGCCAAACAAUACCUUGUUGGAGGUGAAACUGGCGUCCAGGUUUACGACUUGAGACUGGAACUGGAGCUGGUGUUGGUCGAGCUCAAAGAACCAGCCACAGCCGUGAACAACGGGCCUCUUGGGCCAUUGAUUGCCACCAAGAAUAAGGUCCUCAUGGGCGACCAAGAAUGGCCCAAUUCCCUCGAAGAACCCAUAACUAGCAUCAUCGUCCACCCCAGCUUGCGUCACCUUUAUAUCCUCGUGUCUGCACACAAAUGGUCCAUCAACAGCACCACAGAUUCGUCUCCAGUUUUGUUCACAGCACCUCCUGUCGAGUACACUUUGACCUCGGGUGAUAUUCAUGUGGACGGUGCUUUGGUGGCGUUUGGUACCGACACCAAGCAGGUGCACAUCCACAACACUACAGAUGGCCAAUUGGUAUCUACAGUGGAAACAACCUACAGCGAGGUCACCAGGAUCAAGUUUGCAUUGAACGGAUACUGGCUUUUGGUUGGUUCCAGACAGGGAGAUGCUAGUGCCUUGGAGAUCGUGGACCUCAGAAAGAACGUCAUUGUGCACUCCAUCCCAUUGGAAGGUUUGGUGGACUUUGAUAUCGAUCCAUCAUCCAGUGUAAUCGUCAGCUACGACUUCAAUGGAAUCGCUGUGCACAGGUACGUGAAAAAAGGCAAGAAAUGGCUCGAUAGCGUUUCGAGCUUGGAGGUUGAAGGCGUGAUUGGCCUUGAUUCGUUGACCAGCCAUGGGGAUCCCGAGUACCAAGAAAGUCGAAUUAGCGUGGGUGUGGUCAAGGCAGACUCAGAGGUGGUUGAGUACGAGAUUCUGCCAUAG